CCUGUCCGUCAGAAGCCGGUGUCACCACCAACAACGUGCGACCGACUUUUAGGCUAGUGAAGCUGUGAGCCGCGAGGGUGCCUUGAAGUAACUUUAGGUGGAAGAUGCCAGAAAGUAGCUCCGCAGAGGGUAACGACAGAAGCGAGGAGCAGGUGUCUGGUGCUAAAGUCAUCGCCCAGGCUCUAAAAACUCAAGAUGUGGAGUACAUGUUCGGUGUCGUAGGCAUCCCCGUGACCGAAAUCGCCCUUGCUGCCCAGGAAGUGGGCAUCAAGUACAUUGGGAUGCGGAAUGAGCAAGCGGCUUGUUAUGCUGCCUCUGCAGUUGGAUACCUAACGGGCAGGCCAGGAGUGUGCCUUGUCGUUUCUGGUCCGGGUCUCAUCCACGCCUUGGGUGGCAUGGCAAAUGCAAACAUGAACUGUUGGCCCUUGAUUGUGAUUGGUGGUUCAUCUGAAAGAAAUCAAGAAGCAAUGGGAGCCUUCCAGGAGUUUCCACAGGUUGAAGCUUGCAGAUUGUAUACCAAGUUCUCUGCCCGGCCUAGCACCAUAGAGCGCAUUCCGUUUGUUAUUGAAAAGGCAGUGAGGAGCAGUAUCUAUGGUCGCCCGGGAGCUUGUUACAUUGACAUUCCUGCAGAUCUUGUGACCCUCCAGGAGAACGUGACUUCUAUAAACUACAAGGAGUGCUGCAUGCCACCUCCAGUUAGCAUGGCAGAAGCCUCUGCUGUGUGCGCGGCAGCCUCUGUUCUUCGGGAUGCCAGGCAACCUCUGCUCAUCAUCGGGAAAGGUGCUGCCUAUUCCCACGCAGAGGACAGUAUCAGGAAGCUGGUGGAGCAGUGCAAUUUGCCAUUUUUGCCUACGCCUAUGGGGAAGGGGGUUGUCCCUGACGAUCAUCCCAACUGCGUAGGCGCGGCCAGGUCCAGGGCUUUGCAGUCCGCUGAUGUGAUUGUAUUGUUUGGUGCGAGACUAAACUGGAUAUUACAUUUUGGACUGCCUCCAAGAUAUCAGGCAGACGUGAAGUUUAUUCAGAUUGAUAUCUGUGCAGAAGAAUUGGGGAAUAAUGUAAGGCCUUCUGUGAUUUUGCUAGGAGAUAUAAAUGCUGUUUCUAAUCAGCUUUUAGAACAGUUUGAUAAAACUCCGUGGCAGUGCCCCCCAGACAGCAAGUGGUGGAAGAUUCUGAGGGAGAGGGUGAAGAGCAAUGAAGCCGUAUCCAAGGAAUUGGCUUCCAAAAUGUCCCUCCCUAUGAAUUAUUACACAGUGUUCUACCACGUUCAAGAACAGUUGCCCAGAGACUGUUUCAUAGUGAGUGAGGGCGCAAACACCAUGGACAUCGGCCGGACUGUGCUUCAGAAUUGCCUUCCUCGUCACAGGCUUGAUGCUGGUUCUUUUGGAACAAUGGGGGUUGGCCUUGGAUUUGCCAUUGCAGCUGCUCUAGUGGCUAAAGAAAGAUGCCCUGGAGAGCGAGUCAUCUGUGUGGAAGGCGACAGUGCCUUUGGAUUUUCUGGCAUGGAAGUGGAAACCAUCUGCAGGUACAACUUGCCAAUCAUACUCUUGGUUGUAAACAAUAAUGGAAUUUACCAAGGUUUUGACGCUGACACCUGGGAAAAAAUGCUACAUUUUCAAGAAGCUGCAACAACUGUCCCUCCAAUGUGUCUCUUGCCAAACUCGCACUAUGAGCAGGUCAUGACUGCAUUUGGAGGCAAAGGGUAUUUUGUACAAACACCAGAAGAGCUCCAACACUCGCUGAGGCAGGCUCUGCAAGACACAAGUAAACCCUACCUUCUCAACAUCAUGAUUGAGCCACAAAGUACACGCAAGGCCCAGGAUUUUCACUGGCUCACCCGUUCUAACAUGUGAAUAAACUACUUGAUGGUUUUGAGGAAUUUCCUCUUUCCUGCAAGGUAGAAUUUACUUUUCAGAGCAAAAUUGCCAUAAUGCUAAAAUUAUAUUUAAAAAUACACUUUAAUAAUCCCAACACUCGGGAGGCAGAGGCAGACGGAUUUCUGAG